AUGGUGCUGAUCGACAAGCAAGAGUACCUCUCCGAGGAGGAGAAGCGUCUGAAGGAGGACCGCGAACGCACUCGCUAUUGGAAGCGAUGGGGCCCUUAUGUGGCAGAGCGACAAUGGGCGACUGUACGUGAGGAUUAUUCUGAUGAUGGUGAUGCUUGGAGUUACUUUUCCCAUGACCAUGCCCGGUCGCGUACCUUCCGCUGGGGUGAAGAUGGAAUUGCUGGUGUUUCUGAUACUCAUGGAAUUGAAAAUAUUGCAUUUUCCUUCUGGAACGAGAAAGAUGAAUUCCUCAAGGAGCGUCUGUUCGGUCUGUCCAAUCCACAAGGUAACCACGGCGAGAGUGUAAAGGAAGCGCAUUUCCAUGUGGAUAAUACUCCAACGCAUUCGUACAUGAAGUUUCUCUACAAAUACCCCCAGAACAAGUUCCCUUACGAGCAGCUCGUAGAGGAGAAUGCGAAGCGAUCGCGCUUAGAGCCAGAAUACCAGAUUCUUGACACCGAUGCGUUCAAGGACAACCGGUACUGGGACAUUUUCAUUGAAACUGCCAAGGAAGGGGAUGAUGCGGACGAGCUGCUCUUCCGGGUCAUUGCGUACAACCGUGGCCCGGACCCCGCUCCCUUGCACAUUGUUCCUCAGGUAUGGUUCCGAAACACCUGGUCUUGGGGAUAUGAAAAGCAGGGUGAGAAACCAGUUAUCAAGGAAGAAGGCCCACGAGUUGCCAAAUCCAGCCACCACAAGCUGGGUGAGCGCUACGCGUGCUUCGCGCCUUCCCCUCCGGUGGGCUCUGGGGACGAGGACAUCCAGCCGGAAUUGCUCUUCACGGAGAACGAAACCAACAAUGAGAAGCUGUGGGGCACCAAGAAUGACCAACCCUACGUGAAAGAUGCUUUCCAUCGCUACAUCGUCGACGACGAGAAAGAUGCUGUCAACCCAGCCAAGGAGGGAACGAAGCUCGCAGCCUGGUAUGCUUUUGACGAUGGCGACGAGGUUCCCCCGGGAGAAUGUGCGGUGGUUCGAUUCCGUUUCUCUCUGAAGAAGAAUGACUUCGUGGAUGAGGAAGAGCUCGAUGAUGUGAUUGAGGCGCGUCGCGCUGAGGCUGAUGACUUCUAUCACCACAUCAGCCCCCUUCCUAUGAGCGACGAUCUCAGGAACAUUCAGCGACAGGCUUUCUCGGGAAUGAUGUGGUGUAAGCAGUACUACAACUUCAUCUAUGAUCAAUGGAGUACUGGUGAUCCAGCUGAAAUCCCGCCGCCGCCGGGCCGAAAGGGCAUUCGAAAUGAACAAUGGCGCCAUCUGCACAUCGACGACAUUUUAUCGAUGCCAGACUCGUGGGAGUAUCCAUUCUUUGCUGCAUGGGAUACCGCAUUCCACUGUAUUCCUCUUGCGAUGAUGGACCCCGAUUUUGCCAAGAAGCAACUCGAUCUUAUGACUCGUGAAUGGUACAUGCAUCCUAAUGGUCAGCUUCCUGCCUACGAGUGGAACUUUGGUGAUGUCAACCCGCCAGUGCACGCAUGGGCUGUUUUCCGCACCUUCAAGAUUGAGCGAAAGAUGUAUGGACGACAGGAUUUGGAUUUCCUUGAGCGUGUUUUCCAGAAGUUGCUUCUGAACUUCACCUGGUGGGUCAAUCGCAAGGAUUUCGACGGCAAGAACGUUUUCGAGGGCGGUUUCUUGGGUCUGGACAACAUUGGCCUGUUCAACCGCUCUGAGCCGCUGCCGACCGGUGGUGUUCUUGAGCAGGCUGAUAGUACAGGCUGGAUGGCUUUCUAUUGCCUGUGCAUGCUCAACAUUGCCCUGGAGCUGGCCAAGCACCGUAGGAUCUACGAAGACAUUGCAUCCAAGUUCUUCGAACACUUCAUCCUCAUCAGUGAUGCGAUGACAUUCCGCAACGGCGAGGACAACAUCCAGUCUCUGUGGAACGAGGAAGAUAGCUUCUACUAUGACGCCAUCUCUUACGGAGGCCCAUGGACACAGCAGUUGCCCAUCCGAUCCCUGGUGGGAUUGAUCCCGCUGUAUGGCGUGCUCACCCUCGAGCCGGAGCUGAUCAACAAGUUCCCGUCAUUCAAGCGACGACUUGAAUGGUUUGUCGAGAACAAGGCCGAUGUCGCAGAGCGCAACAUUGCUAGUAUCAAGAGACGCGGCAAGGACGACCGACUGCUCCUGGCUCUCGUGAGCAAAGACCGCCUAGAGAAGAUUCUCAAGCGCAUGCUCGAUGAGACCGAGUUCUUGGCUAAGCACGGCAUUCGAUCCAUGUCCAAAUACCACGAGGACAACCCCUACUCGAUGGACGUCAACGGGGAGACCUUCAAGGUGGGAUACGUUCCUGGCGAUUCGGACAGCGCUGUGUUUGGUGGCAACAGCAACUGGCGUGGGCCGAUCUGGCUGUGCGUCAACUUCCUCUUGGUCGAGUCACUCCUUCGCUUCUACAUGUUCUAUGGCGAUUCCUUCAAGGUAGAGUGUCCGACUGGCUCCGGCGAGUACAUGCAUCUGGGCCAUGUAGCCGAGGAGCUCCAGCACCGCAUGCAGCAUCUCUUUGCUCGGAACGACGAGGGUCGCCGUGCCUGCAACGGCUCAAAUGAUCUUCUCGAUUUCGAUGAGCACUGGAAGGACUACAUGUGGUUCAAUGAGUUCUUCGACGGUGACAGCGGUCGCGGUCUCGGUACCUCCCACCAGUGUGGCUGGACUGGAUUGAUCGCAAAGAUCAUUCACGACACAGGUAUCAACUGUCGUCUCCCUCAGACCCCACGUGGCCCCUUCGCUGCUGCCUCCCAUUACUUCGACGAUAUUUUCUCGCGAUCCACACGGGGUCGUGGAAUCGGCUCCAGAAGACCAUCCGUCCGCCGCUCUUCUACAAACCGGUCCAUCGGAAACCGCAGUGACUUCAACUCGACUGUCGCAGGUGAUGCCACCCCGGUAUCAACUUAUUUGGAUGAUGAGGAAGUGAUGAGCCCCGUCAGCAGACGCGGAAGCACUCCUGCCCUCUCUACCAAUGGAGAUGGUGAGCGUGAGGAGCACAUCAACAACUACGUGGAGAGCCAGCUGCAACGUGUGCGCAGCUCUGCCUCGAUUGCCACCUACGAGGAUGAGCUUGAGACGCAGGCUGAGAAGGAGAAUGGAUCUGGCCACUGA